AGAAUCAAAGAAGACAGUAGCCAACAAAAUUUGAGAAGCUAACAUUUGCAUAAAUGCAUGCUCAUCACCGAGCAAAGGCCUCACAUUUAAGUAUGCAUUUUCAAAGAUUUAUUCUUCUAUUUUCUUUCACCAUGAUGUCUAGUUUGGCAGCUUAUGAUUUACUGGACCCUAAUGGGAGCAUCAAUAUUAUUUGGGAUAUCAUGUCUUGGAAACCAGAUGGCUAUUUGGCAACAGUGAGAAUAAGCAACCUACAAAUGUAUCGACAAAUAAGGAGCCCUGGUUGGACCAUAGGGUGGACAUGGGCUAACAAAGAAGUCAUCUGGUCAAUGGUGGGAGCUCAAGCCAUUGAUCGAGGAGACUGUUCCAACUUCAAAACCAACAUUCCCCACAGUUGCGAAACCAGUCCAGCAAUCGUAGAUUUGCUCCCAGGAAGUGUCCCUCAAAACCAGCAGCUUCCCAACUGUUGCAAGGGUGGCGUGCUCGGUUCUUGGGGACAACGAGACAAGGCAGCGACGGUGUCGUGGUUUCAAGUUAGUGUAGGGCAUUCAGGUACGUCGAGGAAAACGGUGAAAGUGCCAAAGGGUUUUUAUUUGCUUGGUCCGGGAGCUGGAUAUGCAUGCAGUUCAGCCGUUGUUGUCCCACCGUCUGUUUUCUUAUCAGCUGAUGGGCGGCGAAAAACUCGAGCAAUGAUGACAUGGACAGUUACAUGUACAUAUUCACCGACGCUUGCUUCCAAGAAUCCCAAUUGUUGUGUCUCAUUAUCUUCAUUUUAUAACCCUAUGAUCACACCAUGUUCAACCUGUGCUUGUGGUCGCAAAGAUAAACAUAAUUGCACUAAGAGAGAUUCUGAAAUAUCAACUCUUUUGAAACCAAACUUGGUGAUGGAUGGCGAAACUCAGCUGCUGCAAUGCACGCAACACAUGUGCCCAAUUCAAGUGCAUUGGCAUUUUAAGGUGAAUUACAAGAAGCAUUGGCGAGUGAAGAUCAGCAUCACCAACUUCAAUUACUGGUUGAAUUACUCGCAUUGGAAUCUUGUUGUUCAACAUCCAAAUCUCAACAAUGUCACUCUUGUUUACAACUUCACUUACAAGCUACUCCCUUACCAUUCCACGAGUGAUACCGGUGUGUUUUAUGGUGUGAAAGAAGGCAAUGAACUACUGAUGGAAGCUGAAAAUGUUCAAUCAGAGAUGAUUUUUGGGAAAGAUGAAAAGGAAUUUACACUGGAUCAAGGAUGGGUUUUUCCUCGAAAAGUUUAUUUCAAUGGCGAUGAAUGCCUUAUGCCUCCUCCUAAUUCUUACCCAUUUUUGCCCAAAUCUCCCAAUCCAAUUCAUCCUUUAUUGUUUGCUGCUGCUUUGCUUUUGGUCUUGCUAGCCUUUUGUUCUUUUUGGUGUAAUUCGAAAAUUGAAUCCCAGAAAACCCAAAGAAAAGGGCCCCAGCUGCUAAGAUGAAGAACCCUAUAUAUAAAAACUUUGUUUUUUUUUUC